AUGAAGUUCUCUACCAUCGCUCUUCCUCUUCUGGCCUCGGCUGCUCUGGCCCAGACCAACUCUUCCCACAGCGGCACCAACGCCACCUCCCACAACUCUACCGUGCCCAAUGAGAACUCAAAGACCACCAUUGUCGUCACCAAUGACGAUUCUUGGGCCUCUGCUAACAUUCGAGCUUUCUACGAUGAGCUCAAGAAGGAGGGCUACAACGUGUUCAUGUUUGCCCCUGCCCUGCAACAGUCGGGAACCGGAGGCACCUUUGUGCUCCCAAAGAACACUACUCUCGCCAAGGGUGCCGAGUGGGGCUCGGCUCCCGUUGGAGCUCCUGCUUGGGGCCAGGACGAGAAGGACGACCACAUCUGGUACUUUGACGGAACCCCCGGAGCUGCCGUGACCUUUGGUUUCGACUACGCUCUGCCCAAGUUCCACAACAACAUCACCGUCGACCUGGUUGUGUCGGGACCCAAUGAGGGCUGGAACCUCGGUCCCUUCGUCUACACCCUGUCUGGAACUGAGGGAGCCAUGUACACCUCUGUUCUGCGAGGCGUUCCUGCAAUUGCCUUCUCUGGAGAGAACAAGCACACUUACUACGCCAACGCCUCCAACUCCGAGACCGCCUCCCACAACAUCUACGCCAAGGCCUCCACUGCCAUUGUCAAGAACCUGCUCAAAAACGCCAAGGGUCGACCUUCUGUUCUGCCCUACGGUGUCGGUCUCUCGGUCAAUCUUCCUCUGGUUGGGGACAUUGAUCCUACUGGAAAGUGCACUGAUCCCAAGCCUAUCUUCACCCGACAGACCGGCCGAGGCGCCAUCACCGACAAACUGGUUUUCAACGAGACUACAGGCCUGUUCAAGUACGGAGAUAUCAAGUCUGAUGCUACCAAGGCCUGCCUGAACGGAGACUGCUUCCUUCCCGAUGAGACUGACGUCAUCAACAACUGGGGCUGCUACUCCUCCAUUUCUGUCGUCUCUACCGACUAUGACGCCCCUGGUGCUCUUGCUGCCGAGGCUCAGUUCCUCAACAGAGGUCUGGUCGAGUUUGCUCCUACCGGCUACGGUUCGUUCCCUGGUAACUAA